AUGGCUUUGAUGUUGUGGGUGGCAAUCUAUGUCAAAUUCAUUGUCGAUUUGCUCACCUGGGUUAACAACACAUUUGGUUGGGAUUUCAAAGGAAAUUUGGCAUAUUACGCACCUUAUGCUGAGUUCUACCCUUCACAACAAACCAGAUUACUGGAAUUUUGGGAUAAAAUUGGUUUGCCUCAUGAUAAACCAAAGCAAACAUGGGGCACCCAACUUGUGAUUCUAGGAAUUGGAAAUCAUUGGACACUGAAGGAAUAUCAGCACCUUGCUGGCUGGAUUAACUGGUCACUGAAUGGUCCCGGCCUUUCUGUGUUAUAUGAGAAAAUGGCUGGAAAGACUGAAUCUGUGCGAGAGUCGCUAUGGUUCAUUAAAAAGGUUGAUGUUUUAAGUGGAGUGAGAAUGCUCGAUAGUGAAGAAUGGGGAUUUGAAGAAGCGGACAUUGUCCUGUACUGCGAUGCAUGUCCAACGGGCAUGGGAUUUUGGUUUCAUUAUGAUGACAAGACAUUGGGUUAUCAGUGUAUGAUUCCAGAUGAUCACGAGAAGCCUAUUUUCUAUUUUGAAGUACUCACGGUUGUUUCAGCCAUCCUCCACACUAUCAAAUUGCUUUUUGUUCAUGGUGUUUUUGUUUUUACUGACACCACUAACACGGUGGAUAUGUUUCAUUCUCUAAAAGCAAAACAGCUCUACAACCCCCUCUUACUCACCAUGGUGGAUCAUGCUAUAUGCUCAAACAUCCAGUUCCGUGUUGCCCAUAUCUGUGGGGAGGAAAAUGGUAUUGCAGAUGCUCUGUCAUGGUUUGACUACACUCGUCUCAUGCGUUUGGCACCGUCAAUGAAUAUUUAUAACUUUACACCCCCACACUCAUGUUGGGGGCAGAACAGUUAUGAAUUUACCGCCUCCCUCCUCCAGACAGCCGGUUCGUGA